GCCCGGGCGCCCCGCACCAACAUGGCCGCGGCCUCCCAGUGAGCGCUGCCGCGGCGAGCGGGCCGUUGCUGGGCAUGCGCUCUGCGUGCCCCGCACAGACAUGGCGGCCGUCUCCAGUGGGGUGACUUUAAUUCUUGGUUUUCGGUUAUAGCCGGCCGGUGCUCAUUUCCUUUUAGAAAGCUCUGAGCGCGGGGAAAGGAAGGGUGGGUGCGGCAGUGGAAGGUGAGGGGCCUGCAGGCGUCAGGACGCGCUCCUGGAGGGAGGAAGAUGGCUGAGGGCGAGCGGCAGGCGCCGCCAGAUUCUUCGGAGGAUGCCCCUGCAGCCACCCAGAACUUCAUCAUUCCGAAAAAAGAGAUCCACACGGUCCCAGACAUGGGCAAAUGGAAGCGCUCUCAGGCAUAUGCUGACUACAUCGGAUUCAUCCUCACCCUCAACGAAGGCGUGAAGGGGAAGAAGCUGACGCUGGAGUACAAAGUCUCUGAGGCCAUCGAGAAGCUGGUCGCCCUUCUCAACACGCUGGACAGGUGGAUUGACGAGACUCCUCCAGUGGACCAGCCGUCUCGCUUCGGGAACAAGGCCUACAGGACCUGGUACGCCAGGCUCGACCAGGAAGCAGAAAACUUGGUGGCCGCAGUGGUCCCCACCCAUCUGGCAGCUGCUGUGCCUGAGGUGGCUGUUUACCUAAAGGAGUCAGUGGGGAACUCUACACGCAUCGACUACGGCACAGGACACGAAGCAGCCUUCGCUGCCUUCCUCUGCUGUCUCUGCAAGAUCGGGGUGCUCCGGGUGGACGACCAGAUAGCUAUCGUCUUCAAGGUGUUCAAUCGGUACCUUGAGGUGAUGCGGAAACUUCAGAAGACAUACAGGAUGGAGCCCGCAGGCAGCCAGGGAGUGUGGGGCCUGGACGACUUCCAGUUUCUGCCCUUCAUCUGGGGCAGCUCGCAGCUCAUAGAUCACCCGUAUCUGGAGCCCAGGCACUUCGUGGACGAGAAGGCGGUGAACGAGAACCACAAGGACUACAUGUUCCUGGAGUGCAUCCUGUUCAUCACGGAGAUGAAGACGGGCCCCUUUGCAGAGCACUCCAACCAGCUGUGGAACAUCAGUGCAGUCCCCACCUGGUCCAAAGUGAACCAGGGUCUCAUCCGCAUGUACAAGGCCGAGUGCCUGGAGAAGUUCCCCGUGAUCCAGCACUUCAAGUUCGGGAGCCUGCUGCCCAUCCAGCCCGUCUCCCUGUGCUAGGGGGGCUGAGCGGCCCGUGCCACCCCGGCCGCAGUUCCUGUGCCUGCCCUUCCUGACCCCAGCCGUGGCCCCCCCCCCGCCCCCUCCCUCUGUUCUUUCUGUUCAAUGAGAGGCUGUUUACUGGGGUGGGUGGUGAGUGCGGGGUCAGGAGAGGCUCAGGGCACAUGGCCGAAGGACCUGAGUGGGGAGAAGUGACCAAAGUGCGGCCGGUUGGCGGACUUCUGCCGUGGUGGGUGGUGGAGAAGAGAGGGGCCAGGACAGGGUCCUCGGGCCCUGCCCCGCUCCUGGCUCUCCCCCCCCCGCCCCCGCCUGGCCAGUCCCGUCCCGAGACCUGGGCUGCCGAGCACCACUGUGGGGAGGGGAGGCGUUUGGCCGAUUCUGUUGCUUUCUCAGGGGUGGGUCAGUGGACGGGUGGGUCAGUUUCCCAGCCGCGUCUGGGUGGGUGUCUGGGGGCGGAAGGCUGAGGGGGCGGCCAGCCUGGGGUGGGGCAGGCUGGGAGAGGCGCUGGCUGUCCGGUGACCCUCCCAGCUCCUCCUCACGGCUGCCCCUGGGCCUUGGAGCGCUGUGUUCGGUGCCUCCUCCUCCUGGCUUUUCUGUUCUCUGGGCCUUGGCUUCUCGGGUCUUCUGCCACGGCCACACCUGUCCCCACCCCAGAGUAGCUUCUGGAAGCUGCCCUUCCAAAGCUGUCUCUGGCCGGGAGCAGGUGGCAGAGCCUGGACAGGGCUCGGGGCCCGUUGUGGUUGGGGACAGCCUGGGUUCCCCUCGGUACACUCUGGUGGCCACCUCUGUCUCCUCACUGCUGCUUUCCCAAGGCUCUGAGCCCCGCCUCCCCGCCCGCCCAGGCACCGGGUCCAGAAAGCCCACCCCCUCGUCCUCCUGCCUCCCUGAGCUCACCUGCUGGCUGCCAGGGUGGGGUGGGGGUGGCCGCCCAGGCUUGGGCUCUGGCUGAGGACGGGCAGGACCACCCGGGAGCGAGGGGCUACUGGUAGCAGCACGCCAGUGCCAGAGUUUUCCUCCAGGGCCGCUCCUGGGCCUGGCCCCUGCACACCGUCCCCUCCCCACGCCCAGGCCUGCCGCUCUCCGCCAGCCACUCCUUCCGUCUGGGUCCACAUCCCCCCCCCCCCCCCCCCCCGGACAGGUGCGCCACAGGAAGCACACCUUUCUCGGGCGCAGUUGAGCCCCGAGAGGCACAGUUCAGGGGCUUAACCCUUGGACCUGGGCUGACGUCCUGGGCCGAGGCUGGGACAGCAGUCUCGAGGGUCCGAGAGAGAGUUUUCCGAGCAGAGGCUCCGUCAGGGCCCAGACCACCGCCUUCCCGGCCCCCCCGCUCCGCCCCUCCCCUCCCUCCCGUGCCUUUGCAGGCCCCGCUCAGCCCCUCUGCGCCUUCGUUGCUGUUUGGAUUAAAGCCUCUGUUUUGCACCUGUCA